UGCUGGUGAAUAUACAGUCUCUACUUGAGCAAAUAGAAUUUGUAGUUUUUGACCUUUUUCUGAGAGUACAAAAAUAUCAGUCUGUUUGUCAGAGUUAAAGUCUCCAAACGCCGAUAUCAAUCCUUCCUUCGUGACCCCAAGUAUAGAUCCUGAUAUAUCGACAAAGCUUGUGGUACAAAGUCGACAACAAAGGCAUAGAAUCACGGAAAAUAUAGACGUAACAUUAUUCAUCUUUUUCCUGGUGGGCGAUAAUAGGUAAUUUGAAAAGUCGUGCCGUAAAUCAGUCGUGCUUUUAUAUCUUUUUCGUAGAAAUUUCUUUCCACUUUUAAAGUAGCUUUUCAUCAAAUUACAGCUGAGAUUUUGCUCAAGUUUUACCCCUACAAGGAUAAGAGACUUUGGUGAACAUGCAAAACCGAAUACCAGACGAAAUGCAUCCAUAGUUGAUCUAAAAAACGUGUUUGAAUCGUUAAAAAACAAAAAUGAAAAAAAUAACGACAUCUCAUUCUCAAGGAAAUAAUUCCAAGUCAAAGGUCAAGACAACCAGAUAUGAUAGUCGACUGGGAAGAAUGGACGCUGGGAACCAGGAGUUUAAUUAUCAAGAAAUAGUGGAUAAACUGCAUAAAUAUUACUUGAUAGUGAAAAAACACAUCCUAUCUCACCAGAGCCCAACCCUUGGGCUAUUUGCUGCGGAUCUUGCUUCAGAGGAGAGACACAUUGGUCAUAUACGGGACAGUCUUUGGGCUGCGAAUUCAGUGUGGGCCUUACACCAAGCAUACAAACGUAUUGAUGAUGAUAGGGGCCGCACAUAUGAAUUGGGGCAAUG